AUGAUCCCCGGCGACAAUACAUUUAGCGACACGAGAAGAAGGAACGUGGGACUGUUAAGAUCGAUAGAUUCGCGUUACAAAAGACUCUCGCGAUGGUUUCUUUCUUACGUUCGGCUCAAUUUUCGCUUUUUUCCCCCUGGAUUACCCUCGUCUUCAACGUUUCUUUACGUUUCCUUUCAGACGGAAUUUUGGGGCUGCGUCAACUCGACUUUGAACGAGGUGAAGAGACACGAGAACUGGACUGGAAGGGGUUGUUGUUACCUAGUACAGAAUCCAAUAUGCCGAUCCACGUGCGCCCUCUCAGGCUCUAGAAGAGAUCUGAACGAAUCCUGUCGGCCAAGUGACGAGCCCGAAUUUUACUCUUGCUUGGAAAGGCGAGAAGAAGCCGAGCACUGUUGCAGCAACGUAUCUAACGAUACCUGUAGAGCAAUUUGUCAAGAUUUGUUCUAUAAACCCGGGAAGAUUUCAAAUCUGAAAUUAUACAGUAGCAAGGGAUGCUUCCAUCAGGUCCCAAAGUGUUUGAAAAGCGUGGCUGAAGUGAAGCACGCUGAAGAUCCGAAACAACCCUUCCAACGUCGUCGUCACUCUUACUGUGUUGUUACAACAGAUUUGCAUUGUUGCAACGUGGCUACGACCCCAGCCUGUCUAGAAACGUGCAAGAAAAUCCUGCACACGGCAACUACCGAUCAAGAAAUCAUGGAUGCGCUGACGGAGAAAUGCAGACCAGUUUUACCUCAAUCACCGUUUUGGAGCUGCCUGUUAAAAUCUGGCUCGUCAAAGCCAGCACGUUUACCUUUAGAUGCGGGCAAGCUGUCCUGCUGCACCAAAGCGACCAAGCCAUCGUGCCAAAAUCUGUGUUGGAGAGCGUUCCAAGCAGACUGGGAGUCCGCGUGGCUUCAGCUCGACGCAGAGUGCUUGUCGUCGAGCUUAGAAGGCGAGCUUAGGAGGUGUCUCGAGGAUACCGACGAUCCAUGCGAAAUGGGUUGCUCUGGACUGUCCUAUUGCACUCGAUUCAACGACAGGUCAACGACACUUUUCAGUACCAAACCUGGUCCAACUGCUACUCUUAUUUCACAUUUUAGAAGUUGUUCGGCCGCAGCUGACGAGGCAGCUAAAUUAGAAGCUGAUCACUGGUCCAGAGGUGGGAUCGUUCGAGGAUUAGGUGUGCCUGUUCGAGCUGCUGCUUCCUGCCCAUCGGAAACGCUACGAGCAGCCGCGUGUCUAUUGCAAUUAAGACCCUGUGAAACAAAGAUCCACGAGACGAGACUCUGUCGAGAAGAUUGCUUGGAAUUGAUGGCCAGUUGCGUAGACUGGUCAGCCAUUACUGGUCCCCAUACAGCGGCCACGUUAUGCGCGAAACUCUCUCCAGCUAGAUCCGAUGCAUCCUGCGUAUCUCUAAGACCGUUUCUAGAAGAUCCCCAGGAUAACGAGUCCGUGAUUCAUCUCGAGGAAGACAUCAUGACCCCUUGCAAAAGUAAUCCUUGCGGCCAGGGCGAGAUCUGCCAGCUGAUCCAUUUCGGCCGACAAUUAUACCGCUGUGUACCGGCUUGUUCUCUUGGAGAAAUGUCGAAACAAUUAGUACCCGUAGGAUCUUGGGUACAGAUCCCAAGAUACGACCAACAGGGCUGUCUCAGAAUCUGUCAGUGCACGCUGCACGGUUUGGAGAAGUGCCGAACGUUAAACUGCUAUAAAUUCAACUCUUGCUGGGUACACGAUCGGUUCAUCGCUCACAAGGCCAACUUCUAUCUGGAAUGUAAUCCCUGUCAUUGUUUCGAGGGCGAGUUCACGUGUUCUAAAAAGAACUGCGGGGAGAUCCGAGCUCCCUCCCUCCCCUGUGACUGUCCGGCUCAUUACGUUCCCGUCUGUGGAAGAUUAGGCUUCACUUUUGCAUCUGGUUGUCUGGCAAAGUGCGCGGAGAUGUCGGCGAAUGAGGUGGAAUUCGGUAGCUGUUCCUCUCGAGACGCCUGCGCAUCCAAUCCUUGCGACAGCACAGAAAAGUGCGUUCCAAGAACCAGGAUAUGCUUGUCCAGACUUCACAAAUCUUGUCGCCAGUACGAAUGCAUUCCCCUCGAUUGCGAUCCUCGAGAUGAAGCCAGCGGUCCAGUUUGCGACAAAGAGAACCGCCAAUAUCGAUCGGUGUGCGCUAUGAUUCGUUCUGGAGCUAGUUUGGCCUAUAGAGGACAUUGUCUGGAAGGAUGUAGCUUACGUGGUCCCGUUUGCGGCAUCAAUGGAGAGGUUUACGCGAACGAAUGCACGGCGUGGGCAGAAAGGACAGCGGUGGAUUACUUUGGCCCUUGCGUAGCUGUUGGAUUGAUAAGUGAUGAAGCUAAGCCUCGUUGCGGUGAUCUAGUACAGUGUCCUCGAUUAAUCGAGCCCUACUGCGUCGGAGUCACACCACCUGGUGCUUGUUGUCCUGUCUGCGGUGGAGCGGCUAAACUAUUUUAUUCCAAAAAACAGCUGGACAGGAUAUACUACACGAUGGAUGAGGACGUGGACAAAGAUACGGUUACGCUCGAGGUCCUAUUAUCAGCUCUGGCACGACAGAUCCAAGUGGCACAGUGUGUUCUUCGAGGCAUGAUGACACCGGACCUUGACAUAUUCAUUCUAAUACAGCCUACGUCGAAGAGGCCUUCGACUUUGCAACUACGGGCUUGCGUGGCCGAGAUCGAGAAAUUAGUUACCAGAAUUUCGGAGAGAAGUCCUAGGAUCACGGCCGAAGUACUCUUAGGCGCGCUCACCAGAGCGGAAAUUGCUCAUAGUUACAUAUCAAGUGCCAUGACCAUUGGAGGAUCCGUUACGCAGGUCUUUCUUGGAAUUCUCGUAUAUAUUAUAAUUUCGUGAAAAUCGAAAUACACACGCAGCUACGUACAAGGAUAAGAGACGACGCUGACUGCGAUGAGCGAGCGAUUCGUUUGUCGUAAUCAGUGCGGAUUUUCACUCGCAUUUUUUCAAAGGUGCUAAAACAUUUGUUUUACCUAAUGGCUUUACCGUAUUCUCGCGGUAUCGUCAAGUUCAUGACUGUGAUUCUUCUAGUGCCUAAC